CUCUCACAUCCCACAGAGCUCGCAUCAUGCCAGACACCACGCCCGAGAUCCUCGUUCUUGAUGGCGGAAUGGGGACUACCCUCGAAGCCCUUGGGCAUGAUACCAGCUCCGCCCUCUGGGGCUCUGAACUUUUGCUCUCUCAGCCUGGCGUGAUUCAGGAGGUUCACAGACGUUAUUGGGAGGCAGGAAGUGACCUCGUCGAGAGCGCUACGUAUGCCGCUGUAAAAGAUACGAAGGCUGGUAGCUGACUAUUGAUUAGAUACCAGCUCACGCCACAAAACCUUCAGGACCACCUCUCCAUAUCUCCUUCCCAGGCGAGCAACAUUCUUCAGACUGGCGUCAACAUCGUUUCAGACUCGACACCUGCCCCAUCCGGGCCAAGCAGACCAGGAAGGGGCGUCGUCCUCUCCAUGGGACCUUUCGGUAGUACCCUCCAGCCAGGGCAAGAGUAUGCUGGCAUCUAUCCAGCUCCCUUUGGCCCCGGGGGAUCAUCAAACUGCUUCUUGGAGGACCAAACCGAGCAGGAGGAGGCUGCGGUGGAAGCUCUCGCAGAGCAUCACCUCUCCAAAUUACUCGCUAUCGCUGCCGACGAGCAAACAUGGUCCAAAGUCGAAUGGAUAGCGUUCGAAACCAUUCCCGUUCUUCACGAGGCCAGAGCGAUUCGCCGGGCUAUGGGAAGGCUAGAGAAGAAGCGGAGAGGUGGCAGGAAGAAAUUCUGGAUCGUGGCGCCUUUCCCUGAUGGACUACAUCCUCAGAUCUUGCCUUCGGGGAAGCAUGCGCCCCUGUCGCUUUAUCUGUUUACGCUCUUGGGCCUGUCACAGGAGGACUCUGUCCCGGACGGUGUUGGGGUAAACUGCACCAACCCUUCUUAUCUUCCUACUAUUCUCGGCGAGCUCACUUCUCUUGUGACUGCCUAUUCGACGUCAGUGACGAAACCCUGGCUCGUCUUUUACCCAGACGGAGGGCAGGUGUACGACGUCGUCUCUAGAACAUGGACCGUAGCCCCUUCCAGCCCUGCCAAUGCUCAAGAAUGGGCUGAACGUAUUGGUGACUUGGCCAUACGCUAUGCCCAUGCGCACACAGAGGACCAGUCCGAGACGAGGAUCUGGAGAGGUAUCAUCGUCGGGGGGUGCUGCAAGUCGUCUUUCGACGAGAUAAAGGCAUUGCGAACAGUGAUUAAUAGAGCAUAGAGCUCAUCUUCAUGCACAAGCUUUCAAGACCGAUUCCAAAUCCAUAACUGGACCCCCAUUCGCGACGUCUCUCCGAUACACUCGCUGUGCUGACCUUGUCUUGAAGUCACAAUUGCUUGUCAUGCAUCAGGGCAAAC